CCCGACCUCCCUACACACGCCAGAGGAGACCGCGCAGCUUCGGCCAGCCCUCACCACGAUCAACGAGCUCGCCUGCGCUCCCUCUCGUGCCGCGAUGGCGUCUCGACACCUCCUCAACCCUCUCGCCCCGCUCGGAGUGCCGACACCCUCUGCACUCGACGGCGUGCCAGCAGAGCUUGAGCGAGACCUCCGAGCAUACGGCGCCCUCCUCAUCCAGCAAGCCGGCAUCAUGCUCAAGGCCUCGCAGGUCGUCAUGGCAACGGCUCAAGUCCUCUUCCAGCGCUUCUGGUUCGUGACCUCGCUCAAGCAUUUUGGCAUACGCGACGUCGGCAUGGGCGCGCUGUUCCUCGCAUCGAAACUGGAGGAGGCGCCCUUGCGGAUUCGCGACAUCGUCAACUGCUUCUCGUACCUCGACAGCCUCGUCGCCUACUGCUCGACACCGCCGUACCCGCCGGCCGCGACCUUCGAGGCCUAUGUCCCGAUGGACUACUUUGCGACCGAGUUCUACGACCUCAAGGACGCCAUGGUCAUCGCCGAGAUGCAGAUCCUCAAGCGGCUCGCGUUCCAGACGCAGUGCGGGUUGCCGUACGGGCACCUCGUCAACUACCUCCAGGUCCUCGAGCUCGCAGGAGAGAAGGACCUCGUGCGGCGGUGUUGGGGCAUCUGCAACGACCUGCUCCAGACUGCAGCACCAGCCCUGUAUCCGCAGAGCACCCUCGCGCUCGCGUCCAUCUACCUCGCGACCCGCCUCGCCUCGCCGCCAAUCGCCCUCCCGCUCGAGCCCGUCCCCUGGUGGACCCACUUUGACACGACCGAGGACGACAUCGUCGACUGCGCCGACAUGCUCCUGCGCCUGUAUCGGCAGUGGGGCAGUGACCCGAGGGGUGCGAUCGAGGCGAGCGCGGAUGGAGGCGAGGUCCAGGGCAAGGUCGGGAAGGAGAGCGUGUGGAGGAGGGUCGGGCGGAUACCGGUGACCAAGGCGGGCGUCAGGGAUCUCCUCGCGACGAGAUACGGCGUCGAGAAUGGCGGCGGGACACCGCGGUAGAAGCGCUCUGGCCCGAGAAGCCGUUCCGCGCUCUCUCCAAGUC